CAUACACACACAAAAUACAAAUGUGCAGAAAAUAAAGGAGAAAAUGCUUUAGUGUGUGAAGCUGUGAGUGUGAGCUGAAGUUCUCAGCAGGACAGAGCAGAGUGUUGGAGAUACACAGGGUGGAGAACAUCAGCAUGAUGGUAUCUAUGUUAUCUCUUUCCUCCAGCUGUCUUCACGUCUCGGCUUCACGUGACCGUGUGUGUGUGUGUGUGUUCUGUCCAGAUCUACAGUCUGGGCUUAUGAAGCUCUUCAGAGGUUCUCCUCAAUCCUGCUCCUGAUCUUCAGAUCUUCUCUCUCUCUCCAUCACACCAUCUAUCCAUCAUCAGUCCCUCAAUCUCUCACUCUACCAAAAGGGUUAUCUAUCUUUCUUUCCUUCUUAAACAUCAACACGUACUUUAACUCCUCUUUAGAGGACUUAGCUAGUCCGCCUUUACUGCUGUUGAAAAUAAACGUCAUCACCGCCUCCUGACCAAUCAGAAUCCAGCAGAGUGUUUAAUCAGGCGGAUUACCCGGGGCAGUGUUCGGGAUAGAUAACCUACUUCGUAUUGCGCAAACCAGUGCGCAGGUGUGACGCGCAGAACACAUAUGCUUCACAGCGAUCACUGAACGGGAGCUGCAGCAGGAUUUCAUCAACAUCGGGAAAAAAUAAAAACUUUUUUUUUUUUUUUUUUAGCAGAAGGCCAUUCCUGUGGAGAUCACAGCGCAUGGAAUGAGAGAAGAGCUUAAAGACACAGUGAUGGCAGGACCGAGGCCAGUGGUUUUCAGCGGUCCCUCAGGUGCUGGGAAAAGCACACUACUUAAAAUGCUGCUCAAAGAGUUCGACGGUGUCUUCGGCUUCAGCGUCUCCCAUACGACACGGAAACCUCGUCCAGGGGAGGAGAAUGGAAAAGAUUAUCAUUAUGUCAGCAGAGAGGAAAUGCAGGCAGGAAUCACUAAAGGAGAUUUUAUUGAGAGCGCAGAAUUCUCAGGGAACAUGUACGGAACAAGUAAAGCUGCGGUCCAGGCUGUUCAGGCCCAAAAUCUCAUUUGCAUUUUGGACAUUGACAUGCAAGGAGUGAAGAGCAUUAAGAAAACCAAUUUAAACCCCAUCUAUAUCUCCAUCCAACCUCCAUCCAUGGAUGUGCUGGAGAAGAGGUUAAGAGCAAGAAAGACUGAGAAUGAGGAGAGUUUACAGAAGCGUCUCCAGACUGCACUGGUCGAAAUGGAGUUCAGUAAAGAGACUGGUCAGUUUGAUGUGGUCAUCAUUAACGAUAAUCUGGAUGAAGCCUACGGGAAAUUAAAAGCAGCUCUUCUGCAGGAAAUCCAAAAAGUCAAAAGCACCACCAAAGCCUGAAGGUCCACUGUCCAGCUCCUGGAGACCAGCACUCAGAGACAGCAACAUUCCACACACACACACACACAUACACACACACACUCUGCUUACACACUCCUCUCCCUCACACACAGCUGAUGUAUUCAUACAGCUUGUGAAGGGAAAAUGUUCUUUAAAUAAACAGUUUCUUCGUUUUUUUAUUUUUAAUCAGUGAUUACAUUUAAGUCACUAGUUAGUGUUCUGGAGUGAACUUAACUAACCCUCACUCCACCUAAACUUACAGUGCAGAGCAUUGUGGGUAAUACACACCCAGGACCAUAACCUACUCAGCUCCACAAGCUGAAGGAGAAAUGUCCAGUGUGUGGGCGGAGUUAUCUUUCAGCACAGGUAGUGUAUUUUGGACGUUAUUACACACUUAUACUUUAUUGAACUGACGAUCUAAACAUCACGGUGUAGCGAUAUCAGCUACACCUGGUGUUCAGUAAUGAUGUCAUUGUGUGAUUUUAUUUUCCUUAUCUAAUCUUCAUCAUCAGAGCUUCUGCACCUGAGCAGUUCUCAUAAACAUCACCAAAAAAACUAAAACAUCAGGUCAAUUUAGAAAUAAAGAAUAAAGAAAAUCUAAAGUUGGCACAAUAUUAAAAAUGUACACUUUGAAUUUUUAAGAAAAAUCUCCGUUUGUUUUCUGAUUUUUUUAUUUCAUUAUUCCUGAGCUUGUUAAAGUUCAUUAGCGAAUCUUAUUGAAAAAUACAUGGUGUGUUAUAUUUUUCUGAAUUCCUUUCAGAGGAACCGGACGCUGUACAGGUCAGCUG